UUUAAUAGAUUCCUCUAUACUGGGGGGAUAUUGUUUGUCAUAAAUUUUUUCAUUAUGUCUGUCUGUCUGUCUAUAUAACGAAAUCUCCACUCUCAUCCAUGCAUCAGUUCAUCACCUUCUAAACAAUCACUUUUUGUCUCUCAAGUUUUCUUUGCAACAAUGGGUAUGAAGAUAUAUGGAAUUCCCAAGUCUUGCGCAACCGCCUGCGUGAUGACAUGCCUAGGCGAGAAAGUAAUCGAGGAGUAUGAGCUUGUCCAUGUCGAUCUCUCCAAAGGAGAACACAAAUCUUCCUCUCACCUCGCUAAAAAUCCUUUUGGGAAGGUUCCCGUCUUGGAAGAUGGCUCCCUCACACUUUUUGAAUCUCGAGCAAUCACCGGGUAUUUGUGCCGCAAGUACAAGUCCGGUACGGACCUUCUUAGGUGUGACAGUGUCGAAGAAGGAGCAAUGGUUGGGGUGUGGUUAGAAGUAGAGUCACAACAAUUCAGCGCGGCUAUUUAUCCGAUAAUGUUUGAGAAGCUAAUGAAGCCUUUCCUUGGCCUAACUCCUGAUCAAUCAGUCGUCGAUGAAUACCUCUUGAAACUGGGUUCGGUACUUGAUAUAUAUGAAGAGAGGUUGAGCAAUUCAAAAUACUUGGCAUGUGAUUCUUUCACCCUUGCUGAUCUGCACCACCUUCCUUACAUUCACUACUUCAUAAAGAGGACUCCAUAUGGUGAUUUGAUCACUUCCAGGGCUCAUGUUAAGGCGUGGUGGGAAGAUAUUUCAGCUAGACCAUCUUUUGUCAAAGUUGCUCAACAAAUGGAUGCUAGACCAAUCCUUAAUUGAGUGACCGUGUUGUACUUGUGUUACAGUAAUAAGUAAUGUUGUUUUGGUGUGUGAUGAUUACAUACUAUGCGAUUAUAUUAUGAGAAAUGAAUUCAAAUUUUGGGUAUUUUCUAUCAAA